AUGGCUAAGAAUAUACAGAAAAUUUAUAAUGAUCUUAAGGAGCCUCUCUCUUGGCUGAAUUAUUUUAUUUCUGAUAAGAGAAUGGAAUAUAUAGAUGAUUCUAAACGUGAUCAUCAGAAAUUUGAAAAACAUUCUUAUAUUCAGCAAGAUGCUAAAGAUUUUCUGUUACCUUUAUUAAAUUAUUUUAGAGAUUGUAUUAGAAAACUUCAUGUUAAUGAUGAUAUAUUUAAUAAUACUCCUACUCAGUUAAUAGAUAUAUCUUCUAAUGAGAAGAUAGAAAGAGUACUUAAUGGAAUAAAAUAA